AUGGCAACAAUUAAGGCCAUCGAGGCCCGUUCGGUCCACCAAAUCCAAUCCGGCCAGGUCAUCACUGACCUGUGCUCCGUCGCGAAAGAGCUAGUCGAGAACAGUCUCGAUGCAGGAGCAACCAGUAUCGAGGUCCGGUUCAAGAAUAAUGGGCUGGAUCUGAUCGAGGUCCAAGACAACGGCGGUGGAAUAUCUCCGGACAAUUAUGAAAACGUUGCCUUAAAACACUACACCUCCAAGUUGUCCUCGUACGAUGACCUCACAACCCUCCACACCUUCGGCUUCCGUGGCGAAGCCCUCUCCUCCCUCUGCGCCCUAGCCGACUUCCACGUCGUAACCGCCCAAGCACACCAAGCUCCAAAAGCGAACCGAUUGGACUUUGAAUUCUCCGGCAAGCUAAAAAAGACCCAGAUUGUCGCAGGACAAAAGGGCACCACUGCGUGCGUGGGAGGAAUCUUCAAACGCCUUCCCGUCCGCCGACGAGAACUAGAGAAGAACAUCAAGCGGGAAUACGGCAAGGUUUUGAACCUCCUACAUGCCUACGCAUGUAUCAGCACAGGAGUCCGAUUCAGCGUCCGGAAUACGGUCGGCAAGACAAAGAACGUGGUUGUGUUUUCUACAAACAGUAACCCCACGACCAAGGAGAAUAUCGCCAAUGUCUACGGCGCGAAGACACUAUCUGCGCUGAUCCCUCUAGAUCUGGAACUGGAAUUCGAACCUUCGUACGCUAUGAGAAAAGCCGGGGGCGAUGGACAGUCAAACAAGAUCCAAGUCCGCGGACACAUCUCGCGACCUGUUUUCGGUGAGGGUCGUCAAACGCCUGAUCGGCAGUUGUUUUUUGUGAAUACGCGACCUUGUGGUUUACCGCAGAUUGCAAAGGCUUUUAACGAGGUCUAUAAAUCGUUCAAUGUCUCCCAGUCACCGUUCAUCUUUGCCGAUUUUCGGAUGGAUACUAAUGCUUAUGAUGUGAAUGUGUCGCCGGAUAAAAGGACCAUCCUACUUCACGAUGCUGCGGCUUUGAUUGAGUCGUUGAAGACGUCGCUGACGCAGAUGUUUGAGGCGGCGGAUCAAACGGUGCCUCAGUCGCAGAUCCUUGGUUCUAAGGCUUCGGCGGGUAAGCAGCAAGGGCUGGCUUCGUUGCCGAGUUUUGUGACUGCGAGACAACUUGCUCAGAGUGGGUCUGCAUCUGCGUCUCCUAAGACUCCGCGGCAGGAGCAGAAUGGAGAGGAGUCUACCGAUGAUCAAUCGGAAUCACGCGGGCAGACUGUGCAGAGUAUUAGUCGUUUUAUGAGCUCGCAGGAUGGUUCGAGUCAGGUUGAUUCCCCGUCUUCUCCUACAAAGCAUAGUAUGGUGUCUCGGCAAUCAAGGCUGUCUUCUGUUGCCGCUUCCCCUGGGCCUGAUGUGGAUAUCACGCCUGGUCGGCCUAGGGGCCGGGGUGAAGUUACAAUUUCGGAAACAACUGAAGCAACACCUGAGAUGCCUGAAGCUUCACCUCGACCAUCCGAAGUGGAGAAUGUGCCGGAACCUGAGGCGCGAGACUUGGAGGAAACACCAAAUGUGGUUCAAAAUGCUUUUGAUCGCAUGCGUCCUCGUCGAAUGCCUGCUGAGAUGGCUACUAUCACUAUUGGUGGUCAAACGGUGAAAUCCAUGGUUGGAAGUGGCCUGCCGCGGAAACGCACCUCUGACUAUGGGUCUUCCACGGACUACACUCCAAAACGCAAACGACUCAUUCAUAUCCCUUCAAGGCCUAACAUCUUUGGAGAGCAUAUGAAGGCCUUUGCGGCACCGGGUACGCAGACAGAAAAUGAUGAAGAGGGUGAUGAAGAGGAUGGGGACGAGGAUGAGGACGAGGAUGAAGAAUUCGACGAUGGUGAAGAGUAUGAAGAUGUUGAAGCAGAGGAGGCGGAGGCAGAGGAUGAAGACUAUGAAGAGGAAGAAGCAGGGCAUCCAGGAGCUCCCGUGCUGGAGCCUGAAGAUGAAAACGAUGCUCUGGAAGAAACCCAUGAUCCCGCUCCUCAGCCGGAUAUUAGUCAGGAGAUGGGCGAAGAAACAACGGCUGAAAGCCAAAAUGAUCUCGGUGAAGCCGAAAAGAAAGCCCAAGAAGAAGCAACAGUGCAACGCCUAAUCCACCAGGCCGAGGAAACAGCCGUUCUUCCUGGCGAGCACAACACCAGUCGGGCCAACAAAAUGAACAAGGGCGCCGCCCACCGUGACGCUACCGUCAACCUCAUCAGCACAAUCGAUGUAUCUGUCUCCCGGCUUCGGUCCCAGAUGGAUAAACUACAAGAAUGUCUGCAACCAAGAAGUACGACAUCCCAAGCCGACACCGCCGACGCCGAUGAAAAGACGGCCGAAGACCGACUAUCUCUCAUAGUCAGCAAGGCCGACUUUGCCCAGAUGCGCAUAAUCGGCCAAUUCAACCUAGGCUUCAUCCUUGCCGUCCGACCCGGCGAUGAUCACGACGAACUAUUCAUCAUCGAUCAACAUGCUUCCGACGAGAAAUUCAAUUUCGAACGACUCCAGACCGAAACCAUUGUCCAGAACCAACGGCUCGUCCGUCCACAGCGACUCGAUUUGACAGCCGUCGAGGAGGAAGUCGUACUAGAGAAUAGAACCGCUCUUGAGAAGAACGGUUUCAUCGUCACAGUCGACGAAAGUGGUGACGAACCUAUUGGUCGCAGGUGUCAACUUGUCUCUUUACCACUUAGCAAAGAGGUCGUCUUUGGAUCUCGUGAUCUCGAAGAACUGAUCGUUCUCCUAUCGGAGUCAUCUGGCACUGGAAACUCCGUUCCACGUCCCAGUAAAGUACGGAAGAUGUUCGCGAUGCGCGCGUGUCGUUCCAGUAUUAUGAUCGGGAAGACAUUAACGACGCGUCAGAUGCAGCGCGUUGUUCGGAAUAUGGGGACAAUCGAUAAACCGUGGAACUGUCCACAUGGUCGACCUACGAUGAGGCAUCUGAUGCGUCUGGGACAGUGGGAGGAGUGGAACGAGUACGCAGAUCACGAUCACGAUCAACUAGAUCUCGAUCUAGAUCCUGCGUCGCAGGAUGAACCCGUGGGCUUAGAUCUAUGGCGACGAUAUGUGGAUGAAAUGGAGGAAUAG